GAAGAAAGUCCAUCUCUGAGACGUAUGACUAUGAUGAGGGAAAAGGGAAGGCGACAGGCCAUUAGAGGCCCAGCAUUCAUGUUCAACAACAGGGGCACCAGUCUUACGGCUGAAGAAGAGCGCUUUCUAGAUGCAGCAGAGUAUGGGAACAUACCUGUGGUGCGCAAAAUGCUGGAGGAGUCAAAAACACUGAAUGUCAACUGUGUUGACUACAUGGGCCAAAACGCCUUGCAGCUUGCUGUAGGGAAUGAACAUUUGGAAGUGACAGAACUCCUGUUAAAAAAAGAGAACUUGGCACGGAUUGGAGAUGCCCUGCUGCUCGCAAUCAGCAAGGGCUACAUUAGGAUAGUGGAAGCAAUUUUGAAUCAUCCUGGGUUUUCAGUAAAUAAGCGACUGACUCUGAGCCCUUGUGAGCAGGAGCUCCAGGAUGAUGAUUUUUAUUCCUAUGACGAAGACGGUACCCGCUUUUCUCCAGAUAUCACUCCCAUAAUUUUAGCUGCCCACUGCCAAAAAUACGAAGUCGUGCACAUGCUAUUGAUGAAAGGAGCAAGGAUAGAAAGACCUCAUGAUUAUUUCUGCAAAUGUAAUGACUGUACAGAGAAGCAAAAGCAUGAUUCUUUUAGUCACUCUAGGUCAAGAAUAAAUGCAUACAAAGGACUGGCUAGUCCGGCUUAUCUUUCCCUCUCCAGUGAAGAUCCAGUACUCACUGCUCUAGAACUCAGCAAUGAACUUGCCAAGUUGGCCAACAUUGAAAAAGAAUUCAAGAAUGACUAUCGCAAGCUGUCUAUGCAGUGCAAGGAUUUUGUGGUUGGCGUUCUUGAUCUCUGCCGAGACUCGGAAGAAGUGGAGGCCAUUCUGAACGGGGACUUGAAUUCUGAGCCAGUUGAAGCGCAGAGACACAGAGCAUCACUGAGCCGUGUGAAGCUGGCCAUUAAGUAUGAAGUCAAAAAGUUUGUGGCCCAUCCAAACUGUCAGCAACAGCUACUGACUAUCUGGUACGAAAAUCUCUCAGGAUUACGGGAGCAGACCAUAGCUAUCAAGUGUCUGGUUGUGCUGGUUGUGGCACUGGGCCUUCCAUUUCUAGCCAUUGGUUAUUGGAUUGCACCAUGUAGCAGGCUUGGAAGAAUUCUUCGAAGCCCAUUUAUGAAAUUUGUGGCACAUGCAGCAUCCUUCAUUAUUUUCCUAGGCCUGCUGGUGUUCAAUGCUUCAGACAGAUUUGAAGGUAUAACAACGCUACCGAAUGUCACUGUUACGGAUUACCCUAAGCAGAUCUUUAGGGUGAAGACGACCCAGUUCACCUGGACAGAAAUGUUGAUCAUGGUAUGGGUACUUGGUAUGAUGUGGUCAGAAUGCAAAGAGCUGUGGCUGGAAGGACCCAGGGAAUAUAUUUUGCAGUUAUGGAAUGUUUUGGAUUUUGGGAUGCUGUCCAUUUUCAUUGCCGCUUUCACAGCGAGGCUUCUGGCAUUUACAAAAGCACAACAAUAUGUGGACAACUACAUUGAGGAGAAUGACCUUUCUGAGGUCACGCUUCCUCCAGAAAUAGAAUAUUUUACUUACGCUAGAGAUAAAUGGCUCCCAUCUGAUCCUCAGAUAAUAUCUGAAGGCCUUUAUGCAAUUGCUGUCGUUCUUAGCUUUUCUCGGAUCGCAUAUAUCCUGCCUGCAAAUGAGAGUUUUGGGCCCCUGCAGAUUUCACUUGGAAGGACUGUUAAGGACAUCUUCAAGUUUAUGGUCCUUUUUAUUAUGGUGUUUCUUGCAUUUAUGAUUGGAAUGUUCAUACUGUAUUCCUACUACCUUGGAGCUAAACUAAACCCAGCCUUUACGACAGUGGAAGAAAGUUUCAAGACCUUAUUUUGGUCAAUAUUUGGCUUGUCUGAAGUAACCUCUGUUGUCCUCAAAUAUGAUCAUAAGUUCAUAGAGAACAUUGGUUAUGUUCUUUAUGGCAUAUACAAUGUAACGAUGGUGGUAGUUCUGCUCAACAUGCUGAUUGCUAUGAUCAACAGUUCAUACCAAGAAAUCGAGGAUGACAGUGAUGUAGAGUGGAAGUUCGCUCGUUCUAAACUUUGGUUAUCGUAUUUUGAUGAUGGAAAAACAUUACCUCCACCGUUCAGUCUUGUACCAAGCCCCAAAUCUUUUUUCUAUUUCAUCAUGAGGAUCAUUAACUUUUCUAAGUGCAGGAGGAGACGACUACAGAAGGACAUUGAAAUGGGAAUGGGCAAUUCCAAAUCUAGGUUAAACCUUUUCACUCAGUCGAACUCCAGAGUUUUUGAAUCGCACAGUUUUAACAGCAUUCUCAAUCAGCCAACACGCUAUCAGCAAAUAAUGAAAAGACUGAUAAAACGUUAUGUUCUGAAAGCACAAGUGGACAAAGAAAAUGAUGAAGUAAAUGAAGGUGAAUUAAAGGAAAUCAAACAGGAUAUCUCCAGCCUUCGCUACGAACUCUUGGAGGAUAAGUCCCAAGCGACAGAAGAGUUAGCGAUUUUAAUACAUAAACUCAGCGAGAAACUAAAUCCUAAUAUGCUGAGAUGUGAAUGAUUCAACAAAGGAACCAUGGCUCUGACUACAGCACAACUAUUUAUUGGCAAUAAUAUUUCAGUAUCUUAUACUUGAAAAAUGUAUUGUAGAUUUUUAGCACUAAAUAACUUUAUGUACAGCUUCUCUGGAAUUUAACCUUAGGAAAUUUUAUUAACUUGCCACAAAAAGAUCGCUCUCUUCGUUUUAAUUGUCUAAAAGCGAGAACUGUCAUAAUUUUUUUUGCAUUCAUGCAUUAAAAAGGUAUAAUGGUGUGAAUUGCUGAUAUUUUAACAGGUUUAUCAAUAGAUGUUGAUAAUCCUUUGCACUAAAUUUGCGAGAAAAAAUUAAAACAGCGGACACAGCGUGGUACUCUGUUCUUGCAGCAACUGGGUACGAAUAGGAUUUCUCAUAAUACCGUAAAUCAACUAGAGAUCAG